AUGAAGGCCGCCUCUCUGCUCGGCCUCGUGGGCCUGGCCGCCCUCUCGCAAGCCGCCCUCCCUCGAGACUACGAAAAGAACGACUACUACGUCCUCCACCUUGACCGACGCACGCCCGUCGCACACGUCGCCGCCCGCCUCGGUCUCGAGCACGAAGGCCAGCUCGGCGAGCUUGCCGACCACCACGUCUUUCGCUCAGCCAAGGCCGACCACGAUGUCGUCCGGCGAGAGAUUCAAGACAGCCGGCGGCGGAAACGCGACGUCGGCGGGCGCGACGUGCUCGACGGCGUGCUGCUGGCCACGAAGCAAGAGGCGCGCAUGCGGCUGGAGAAGCGAGUCAUCCCCCCCGCGCCCGCGCUCGCACCCCUCCCGCCUCGUGCGUUCGGCACGCCCGUCGCCGCGGCCGUCCAGCAGCAGUCCAGGCUCAUGAAGACGCUUGACAUCGCCGACCCCAUCUUCACGGAGCAGUGGCACCUCAUGAACACGGUCGAGCUCGGCCACGACGUCAACGUGACCGGUCUGUGGCUCGAGGGCAUCACGGGCAAGAAUGCCACCGUCGCCAUUGUCGACGACGGGCUCGACAUGAACAGCCGCGACCUGCGUGACAACUACUUUGCCGCCGGCUCGUGGGACUUUAACGACCCGGGCCCGGACCCGAAGCCGCGGCUCUCGGACGACCGCCACGGCACGCGCUGCGCCGGCGAGGUCUCUGCGGUCCGCAACGACGUGUGCGGCAUCGGCGUCGCCUACGACUCCAAGAUUGCCGGCAUCCGCAUCCUCAGCAAGCCCAUCAGCGACGCCGACGAGGCCGAGGCCAUGAUCUACAAGUACCAGGACAACCAGAUCUACUCGUGCUCGUGGGGACCCCGCGACGACGGCAGGUCCAUGGAGGCCCCCGGCGUCCUCAUCCGACGCGCCAUGCUGCAGGGCAUCCAGAAGGGCCGCGGCGGCCUCGGCUCCAUCUACGUCUUUGCCAGCGGCAACGGCGCCGCGAGCGACGACAACUGCAACUUUGACGGGUACACAAACUCCAUCUACAGCAUCACCGUCGGCGCCGUCGACCGCGCCGGCAAGCACCCGUACUACUCGGAGCACUGCUCCGCCAACCUCGUCGUGACGUACAGCAGCGGCAACGGCGACUCCAUCCACACGACUGAUGUCGGCGAAAACAAGUGCGCGACGGGCCACGGCGGCACGUCGGCGGCCGCCCCCCUUGCCGCAGGCAUCUUUGCGCUCGUCAUGCAGGUGCGCUCCGACCUGUCGUGGCGCGAUCUCCAGUACCUCGCCAUGGACACGGCCAAGCCCGUGGCCGACACGGACGCCGCGUGGCAGAAGACGGCCAUCGGCAAGCAGUUCAGCCACAUCUUUGGCUACGGCAAGAUCGACUCGUACGCGCUCGUCGAAAAGGCCAAGACGUGGGAAAAGGUCAAGCCGCAGGCCUGGUACUUUUCACCGUGGCUGCACGUCAAGAAGUUCAUCCCCGAGGGCAAGAACGGGCUCAUUGUCGACUUCGAGGUCACCAAGGACAUGCUCAAGGAGGCCAACCUGGCCCGCCUGGAGCACGUCACCGUGACCAUGAACGUCGAGCACACGCGCCGCGGCGACCUGAGCGUGGACCUCAUAAGCCCGGCCAAGGUGGUCAGCCACAUCGCAACGGCCCGCAAGGACGACGAGCACGCCGGAGGCUACAAGGACUGGACAUUUAUGAGUGUCGCUCAUUGGGGCGAAACCGGAGUGGGCAAGUGGACGCUGGUCGUGCGCGACACCAAGGAGAACGAGCACAACGGAACCUUUGUCGACUGGCACCUGAAGCUGUGGGGAGAGUCGAUUGACGCCGACAAGACGACGCUGCUUCCCAUGCCCAAUGCCGACGACGACGCCGAUCACGACAAGAUCUCGUCCACGGUCACGCCCCCGGCGGCCACCUCGACCGUCCCCGCCGCGCCCGAGCCCACCCACGAGGACACCGUCACGAAGCCCACGGAUCACCCCGAGAGACCGACCAAGCCGGCCGCCAAGCCGACGCCCGUCGCCACCGACGACCCGCACGCCGAGGCCACCACGGCCGCCUCGUCCUGGAUCGACAAGUUCCCCACAUUUGGGGCCUCCAAGACGGCGCAGGUCUGGAUCUACGGCGCGCUCGGCCUCAUCGUCGUCUUCUGCAUCGGCCUCGGCAUCUACCUGUGGAUCGCCCGGCGCCGUCGCCUCCGCAACAACCCGCGCGACGACUACGAGUUUGAGCUGCUCGACGAGGAGGAGCGCGACGGCCUCAACCCGGAGAAGGCGGCCGCCAAGAAGGGCAAGGGCCGGCGCACGCGCGGCGGCGAGCUCUACGACGCCUUCGCCAUGGGCAGCGACGACGACGACGAGUUCGACGCGUACCGCGACCGCUCCGCCGAGCGGCUGGCGGGCGUGGACGAGGCGGACCAGCAGUACGUGGUGGGCGAGGAGAGCGACGACGAGGGCGGCGCCGUGGACGAGAAGGCGGCCGAGAAGCAGCCGCUAGGUCAGAGCCGCCCGUGA